AGCGGAGCGGAGGGAGCGGGCAGCCCGGGGCCAGAAGACCAAGAGAUCGGUCAUUGAUGAGGGAUUGGUUGUUUGAUCUUUGUGCAGAAUGAUGACGCCCACCCCACGCCGGGGUUUUCUGAGCCAGUUCACGCAUCACCAUGCAUCUGUCUUUCUGCUGACAUUCGUCAGUUAUGCACUCUUCCAUGCCACACGAAAGACCUUCAGCAAUGUGAAAGUCAGUAUCUCCAACCAGUGGAUACCUUCCUUCCGUAACUCCACAACCAUUGGUCUCCACCCAGAUCAGAUUUGGAACAAAAAUCACCUGUUUGCAGAUGCGGCAGAAGCCACUCUCUUCCUUGGCUUCCUUGACACCCUUUUCCUCUUUGCUUAUGCUGUGGGCUUGUAUAUCAGUGGAUUUUUUGGCGAUCGUUUAAAUCCACGCCUGAUUCUUUCAUUUGGAAUGUGUUUAUCUGCUCUUGUCAUGUUUCUGUUUGGCACGGUCUUGGAGUGGUUUCAUCUCUAUAACAAGUACCUAUACUGUUUUCUCUGGAUUCUGGUUGGAUUGCUGCAGUCCACAGGCUGGCCCUGUGUCGUUGCUAUCUUGGGCAACUGGUUUGGAAAGGCUGGGCGUGGCUUUCUGUUCGGGAUCUGGAGCGCCUGUGCCUCUGUGGGGAACAUCCUUGGAGCAUUCCUUGUUGCCUCUGUCCUAAAGUUUGGCUAUGAGUAUGCCUUUCUGGUGACCAAUGCACUGUUGUUUGCUGGGGGAGUGGUGGUGUUUUUUGGAUUGUUGAGUUCCCCAAAGGAAGUAGGUCUUCCUGCACCAACCGAGGAUGAAGACAACACCACUGCCCACAGAAAUGAGUACCUGGACCAGGAGGUUCGCAGACCACUGAUGGAUAACUCCUUUGCUGAGGAUUAUUGCGAGAGAAAUCACACAGUCCAGGAGAGCUCCACAGCAAAGCCUCCACCCAUUGGCUUCCUGCAGGCCUGCUGCCUGCCAGGGGUGUUGCUGUACUCACUUGCCUAUGCCUGUGUGAAGCUGGUGAAUUAUUCAUUCUUCUUCUGGCUGCCCUUCUACCUGCACAGCAAAUUCAAUUGGAAGGAGGAGGAGGCAGACAGACUAUCCAUCUGGUACGACGUUGGUGGAAUUCUAGGUGGUAUGAUUCAAGGACUGAUAUCUGAUAUACUGCACAAGCGAGCUCCAGUGUUGGCUGUGAGCCUUAUCUUGGCCAUCGGAGCACUGGUUGGAUACAGCCAUUUGCCAAACAAUCAAGUUUUGAAUGCUGUUCUAAUGGCCUUUACAGGGUUUUCCAUUGGUGGCCCUUCCAAUCUAAUCAGUUCAGCCAUAUCAACUGACCUGGGACGUCAGGAGCAAAUUCGGGGCCACAGGGAAGCAUUAGCCUCUGUCGUGGGAAUCAUUGAUGGAACCGGGAGUGUGGGGGCUGCAGUUGGACAGUUUCUGGUGUCUCUGAUCCAGCACAAGCUUGGUUGGAUGUGGGUCUUCCACUUCUUUAUCCUGAUGACAGCUUUAACCAUCGUGUGCAUUUUUCCAUUGAUCGUACGUGAGAUGAGCUCUCUUUUCCGACGGCACCCCUCAAGGACACAAUGACUAACCGCAGCCCCUGUUCACUCUUCCAAAGUCAACGAGGCUACACUUGAACUGAAGUCAGUAGAAUGAGUGAAUUUCGAACAGGAAUAGAAAUGUUGUGUAAGCUGUGCAAUCAGAGAUCACCUGAAAACUUUUUUUAAUUCCCCAUAAGAAGAGGUAGCAUAGGAGAACAGAAGGAGGCCAUCAAGCCCAUCAAAUCUGUUCCACCAGUUUAUUCAAUCUUGUCAGAUCUUUUAAUCCAGAUUUCUCACCCUUUCACUAUAUCUAUUAAUACCUAUUUGUGUUCAAAAUCUCAGUUCACAUCUAUUUGUCUCUUUUUCCCCCAUCCAUCAGACUUAACGGGUUGAUUUCUGUGUUGUGAUGCUCUAUGAAUUUAACAAAGGAAAGAUCUGAGAAUUUUGUUGCAAACAUUUUAAGGGAGAUACGUGAUUUAUGCUGUAUCAUGAGGCAGGAUAUGGAAUGUUUACCAGGAUCAGCAGGAUUAGGGUUAUCGUCAGAGAAAUCUUUUGAUAUUGAGGGCUCAGGUGCUAAAUGUCUGCUGAAUUGUUGAGUGCUGAAGGUGUCGCCAGGAAAUGCUGAGAUUGUACUGUCAAAAUCUGCUCAGAAACAGUAUUUAUCUCAGCUAUCAUGUCUAAAGAGAUGAAUCAUUUUUUCUGAGCUGUUAUUUAUAAGCUCCUUGUUGUAGACAAUUGCCCCUUAAAUCCUAAAAACUACCUCUUUGACCAUGCACAUGGUCACCAGUCACUCCCACCCCUCCUCUCGUUCCCUCCGCUUCCGAUCACAUCUUUGUGAAGUGCUCUGAGAUGUUAUCCUUCAUGA